AUGCAUUUCAAAGGCUCGCUCACCAUCUUAGCCUCCGCGAGCUUCCUAGCGUCCGCGUUUGCAAAGGACUCUCGCACCUUUGCUGUCAACCACUUCUACGGCAAUGGUGCCCUAACUAUGGGUCGCAUGGAUCCAAUCAUGGACCCAGGGAGGCCAGCUACACACUCCCACGCCAUCCAAGGAGGAAGCAACUUCAACCUCACCAUGACAGACGACGCUCUCAUGGACUCCAACUGCACAUCCUCAAUCGUUGACGCCGACAAAAGCAACUACUGGACCCCGUCUCUCUACUUCCAAGCCGAGAACGGAAGCUUCCUCUCCGUCCCAAUGUUCUACAUGGACGUCUACUACUUCUUCGAAGCAACCGACGACGAGAUCCAGCCUUUCCCCGUCGGCCUCCGCAUGUUCGUCGGUAACAGCUCCCUCCGUACUCCUCCCCCGGGCGGUGCCGCCAACGUUCUCGAUACAAACCAAGGUCCUAUUCAGCCUAUCCAGUUCACGUGCCCACGCUCUAGCUACGAUAUCCCUUCGUACCCGGAAGGCUCAGAUGGACUUCACGGUGUCGGCAUUCAGGAUCCCACUAAUGCCGGCGCUGGCGCUGGGUUCCCGCAUAUGAAUUGUGAUGGCUAUGCGUCGCCUCUGCGUGCCGAUAUUCAUUUCCCCUCGUGCUAUAACCCCGAGGUUGGACUGCAUGAUUAUGCGAACAACAUGGUAUUCCCAAGUAGCGAGGGUACUACUGGAGGCAAGGUCAAUUGCCCGGAUGGAUGGGUUCAUGUUCCCCAUAUCUUCUACGAGGUGUAUUGGAACACGCCAUUGUUCGCUGAUAUGUGGACGGAAGGAACUGGUUCUCAGCCUUUUAUUCUCAGCAAUGGCGAUCGGACGGGCUACUCGCUUCACGGCGACUUUAUCUCUGGCUGGGAUGAAGACGUGCUGAAGAAGAUCAUUGAUAACUGCGAUGCUGGAAGUUUGGGCAUGGAUAAGUGUGCUGAUGCUGGCUUCCUCAAUGAUGUCUCGACUUCAUGCAAAAUUCCCAACCUCGUUCCUGAACAGAUAGAUGGUGUUCUUGACAAGCUGCCUGGAAACAACCCCCCCAACUGGUUGGGGGCAAGAGGUGGAAGAUUUGGCCGCAAAGCAGAAAAUCAAGCGACACAUUCGCGGGCACUCUCGCGGAAAACAUUUUUAGAUUCGGCGUUUGCAAAUUGGGAGAUCUGCAACAUCUUCGGAGUUUCACCUCUAGGUGGACGCCUGGAGAUAUUCUCAAUAAGCAUGAUACCUACCUGUCUAAGAGUCGGUAGCCUGACUCCAAAUUGUAUACUCAAGGUGACGGGGCGGCGGUGCACCAAGUGA